AUGGCAGGCCAAGAUCAGGUUCACCAUAUCUCAACCAGUAUAGUCGCACCUGCAAGCUAUAACGGUAGUGCUACAACUACGAGGCUUGACUUAACUACAUGGGAUCUCCAACUUCUCGUACCUGCGUACAUUCAACGAGGUCUUCUCUUUACUAAACCCAAAUUACAAGAUUCUGAAACAAUUUGCAACAUCAUAUCUAACCUUAAGACCUCUCUUUCACAAACACUGGAUCACUUCUAUCCGCUUGCUGGAGGCCUUGUUAUCGAAGAACAUGUCGAUGAUGGAACCACAUCUGUCUACAUUAACUGUAACUCAACCGGGGCAGAGUUUAUUCAUGCAGUUGCUGAACACAUAACUGUAGCUGACAUACUAGAACCGAUCUAUGUUCCUAGUGUGGUGGAAUCUUCAUUCUUUUCCCUAAAUGGUGUCAUGAAUUAUGAUGGUUUGAUUAAACCAUUGUUGUCAGUCCAAGUAACAGAACUGAAUGAUGGUAUUUUUAUUGGAUGCAGCAUGAAUCAUGCGGUGUGUGACGGAACAUCGUUUUGGCAUUUCAUGAAUUCAUGGUCUGAGAUCUCUAGAUCUUCAGUUGGAGGUAAAUCAUCAAUCCGUACCAUCUCAAGGCCGCCUAUUCUUGAGAGGUGUUUCCUUAAUAAUGCAGAUUGCCCCAUCCGCUUACCGUUUUCUAUUGACGAUGAACGUUUCCGAGAAAGCCAUGUAUUUGCAACUAUUAGGUCUGAAUAUGAAGUGAGAUUUUACCAUUUCACACGAGAAACUGUAGCAAUGCUCAAAGCAAAAGCCAAUGCAGAGAUCGGACCAACAAACGGCCGUUGCAUCUCUUCUUUGCAAGCUUUGCUCGCGCACUUUUGGCACACAUCUGUCCUCAGUGAUUUAGCUGUACCAAAUCUGUCACAAACAGGAGAACCUCCAAACAGGAGACAUGACUUCAAGGAUAUGACCAACUAUGUUAAACUUCAUAUUUCGGUACAGGUGUAG